CGACGCGCCCUCCCGCGGGCGGAAGCGGAGCCCUCUGAGGGCAGGACCGAGAGGCGCGUUCGCCGGCAGGAAACAUGUCGGCGGGCCCGCCGUUCCGCGGGCGCUGCGGGAGCGCGGCUGCCGGAGCGAGGAGCAGCUGCGGGAGGUGCUGAGGGAGAUUGAGGCAGAAGUGCAGAGGAGAAAAGAGUUAAUCCAUCAGUCAGUGGAACGCAGAGCCAUCAUCUCCAAGUGCUACAAACCAAAACACCCAGAGGUGUACACUCUGCAGGAUUCCUUCCUGGCCCCAGAGUUUCUGGAAAUCGAGAGGUUCUGCAAAUCCCCAGGUGCUGAUCUCCAGGGCCUCCUGAGCUACCUCGAGUCCUUCUCAGACAAGAGGAUCUAUCGGCUCCCCGUGUUCACCCAGCAGUUCUGCCAGGCCCUGCUGGAUGAGCUGGAGAACUUUGAGCAGUCGGACAUGCCUAAAGGCAGGCCCAACACCAUGAACAACUACGGGGUAGGACUCCUCCCUUGUGCUUCUUUUCCUCCGAAUUUUAAUCAAGGUUUUGCUGAACGAGCUGGGCAUGGACGAGCCUUUCCUGACGCCGCUGCGGGAGCGGCUCCGGCCCAUCACGGCGCUGCUGUACCCGGAGCUGGGCGGGGCCUGCCUGGACAGCCACAAAGCCUUCGUGGUCAAGUACUCCCUGCACGAGGACCUGGACCUCAGCUCCCACUACGACAACGCCGAGGUCACCCUGAACGUUUGCCUGGGAAAAGAAUUCACAGAAGGAAAUCUGUACUUCGGGGAAUUCAACCAGGAGCUGCCAUGGCCCACGGCCGCGCGCGGAGCAGCAGCAAAAGCGACUCCCGGAGCAGGCAGGAGAGGAAGGAGAGGAAAAGGAGGAAGAGCAGCAAGGACUCGCAGCAGGGCAGCAGCUCUCCACCGAGGAAGAGGAUCUCUGGCUCUCAGGGACACACCUCGAGCUUGGCAGCAGCCAGGGAAGAAAAGAAAAAGGAAGGAAAGGACAAAAAGAAGAGGAAGGCCAGUACCUCUUCCUCUGGGACAUCUUCAUCCACCAGCUCUUCCUCAUCUUCCUCUUCCUCCAGCUCCUCUUCUGAUGACUCCAGUGACAGUGACUCCAAAGUGAAGAAGAGUCAAGACAGCAAAAAAAAGCGAGUGAAACAAAAAGACAAAAAGAAGAGGAAGAAGAAGAAGAAAAAAAUGAAGAAGAAAUCAAAGAAGAAGGCAAAGGAGAGGGCUAAGGAGGAGAAGGCCAAGGGAGAAGAGGUGCCCGGGCCCUCGCUGGAGCAGUGGCAGAAGGAGGCAGUGGUGGACUCUGGGCCAGCUCUGACAGAUGAACAGAAAUCCCGGAUCCAGGCCAUGAAGCCAAUGACAAAGGAGGAGUGGGACGCGAGGCAGAGCGUCAUAAGGAGAGUGGUGGAUCCUGAAACAGGGAGAACCAGGCUCAUUAAAGGGGACGGGGAAGUCCUGGAAGAAAUCGUCAGCAAGGAGAGACACAAGGAGAUUAACAAGCAAGCCACGCGUGGGGACGGGCUGGCCUUCCAGGUGAGGACGGGCAUGCUGCAGUGAGGGCAGCACCAGCCAGCCCAGGAGCCCGUCCUGCUGCCCCUGCCAGCCUGGGGAGAGCCUCUGCCUGUGGACCACGCAGACAGCACCGUGUCAAGAUGUCCCCCAGGGGCCCUUUGCAGCUGCUCUGUAAGUUACUGACCGGGAAGGAGAGCGACUUUAGUGGCUCAUCUCCCAGUAAACAGCUUCUCCCCUCCCCGUCCCAGCUCAGGCCAGUGUGGCUGUCAUGUACCUGAGCCAUUUGCCCUGAUGCUCCUCUGGAUGCUGGAGGAGCUCAGCAGCACCCAGGGGACAGGCUUGAGGGUGCUGAGCACCUCAGGGUGCUCUGGGCUUUGGGGGGCAGGACAGGGUGUGUACCAAGGCCACAAAACACCCAGCUGGCUGCCACUUCUUCCCCUCAGGGGCUGCCCAUGGCCCUUUCCCUGCUGGAUCUGGCUCACAGGCCCUUUGCACUCACUGAGCCUGCUCAGAGAGGAGUGGCUGUGGCUCUGCUCAGGCUGCAGCUCCUCUGCACCCCUGAGUUUCUCCCAACCUUCCUGCAGCUUCACCUCCUCGGGUAGGGGAGCACUGACCUGGCACACUGCAUCUGUGCAGGUGUGCUUUGUGCAGGGGUGGCUUUGCCUUGCUCUCUGCUCCUGCAUGCAACUCGUGUCCCUUCCCCACAGCACAGGCCCUGGGCAGCGCUGGGGCUCUGGGCUGCCCAGGGCUGCUCUGAAGCAAACACAGCAGCCUUUUCCCUUGCUGGAAAGUCCAUAAAUCUGCAAACUGUAAAAAAAGAAAAGGACAAAUGGGUUAAAGGACAAAUGAGUCCUGCAGGACUGAUCUCCACAGAGGGUUUCCUCAUUCUGUUCAUGGCUGUAACCCCAUUAAACUGGCACCUGCUCACAUUU